CGUACCGAGUUUUAAUUUUUCCUGCAACAAAAGCUUGGAAAAUAAUUAUGCUGCUUAGUGACCACUGCAAAUAUUAUUUCCAAUUUCAACUCUAAAUUUGGAUUUGAUAGCCAAUUUUUAUACCGUUCCUGUAGAAGCUUCCUUUGCAAAAUUUCUUCCUCUUCUUCUUCACUUUGUCAAUUGCAGCCCAGUUCAUCAACGUCAAGUUUGAUUUCCUCUUCCUUCUUCUUCUGUUAUAUGUAAACUACUAUAUCCAUCUCGCUAUGUUCCUGUGAAACUGGAACUUCAUCUCUUCCCAAACAUGUCUUUGAUUUUCAUCCUAACCAUAACCUUCGUCUGCUCUCCUUUUGUGUCUUCCACCGAUGAGCGAUAUCAGAACUGCAGCGCGAAAUUUGAUUGCGGAAACAUUACAAACAUUGGCUAUCCUUUCUGGAGAUCUGACCAACCUGACUAUUGCGGCCACCCAAAGUUCUGGCUGAAUUGCACCGAUGAAGCGGCACUAAUCACCAUCCAGAAUUUAACUUACCAAGUGCUUGAAAUUGAUAGCGACACACAUAAUUUGAAGCUUGCUAGAGAAGAUUACAUAGGAGACAUCUGUCCAGACCUCCUUAUCAACACCACCUUGGAUUCCUUUUUCAAUUACGCUUCCGAUGCUCAGGAUGUAACUCUAUACUAUGGCUGCCCCAUGCUUUCAAUUCCGUUUCCGGGAGUUAUAGGGUUUUCCAAUCAGUUUAACUGUACGUUAAACAACACUGAACAGAGAGGUUUCUAUGUAACAAGGGAAGUUGACCUUGGAAACUUCAAUUCUACAAUAAUCGGCCUCUUGAAUUUGUGUGAAAAUAGGGUUAUUGUUCCUGCAACUCAAUCAGCCAUUGCGCCUGUGGAGAGAAGUCCAACAGAGGGGAAUUUGGUUACAGCGCUGGAACAGGGCUUUGGGUUGCAGUGGGAUGUGAAUAAUGCCGUUUGCGAGACGUGUAAUUUGUCCAAAGGAAUGUGCGGUUAUAAUACGACUACUAGUUCAUUCGUUUGUUAUUGCGCUGAUCAGCCUGAGCAAUUCAGUUGUAGAGGAUCUACAGCAAAUCAACCCGAAUCAUCAGGGCCAGCCGGCAAAUAUAAUAAAGUUGUACUUGGAAUAGGACUUGCCAUAGCAGCUAUCACUGUUCUGACCAUUUUCUUGGGAUGGUACUAUUGUUUCAGAAGACGAGGAUUCUGGAGUGGCAAGGCACUGACAUUACAACGGAAGAAUAAAACACAAGCACAAAAUAUAGAGACAUUCAUUAUGAACUAUCACCGUCUCAUGCCGAGGCGAUAUUCAUAUUCAGAAAUAAAGAAAAUGACAAAGUCAUUCACUGAUAAGCUAGGUGAAGGGGGAUUUGGAGGUGUCUAUAAAGGAAAGUCACCUGAUGGUCGUUUUGUUGCAGUAAAAGUCCUAAAUAAAUCCAUGGGUGAUGGAGAAGAAUUUAUUAAUGAAGUUGCAAGUAUUAGUAGAACAUCCCACGUAAAUAUAGUUAUCCUUCUGGGGUUUUGCUACGAGAGGGAUAAAAAAGCUUUGGUAUAUGAGUACAUGUCAAAUGGAUCUCUAGAUAAGUUCAUAUAUAAUCAACGUUCUGAGCAGAGAAACUGUUGUUUAGACUGGAAAACAUUAUAUGGGAUCGCAAUUGGCGUUGCUAGAGGUCUAGAGUACUUGCAUUGUGGUUGCAAUUCCAGGAUUGUGCAUUUUGAUAUAAAACCUCAAAAUGUUCUUCUGGAUGAUGAUUUUUGUCCAAAAAUAUCAGAUUUCGGCCUUGCAAAGCUAUGCAAGGGAAAGGAAAGUAAAGUGUCAAUCUUGGGUGCAAAAGGGACUGCUGGGUAUAUAGCUCCAGAAGUAUUCAUGAGAAGCUACGGACGUGUUUCUUACAAGUCUGAUGUGUAUAGUUAUGGAAUGAUGAUUCUUGAACUAUUUGAAGGAAAAGAUGACAUUAAUGUCGGCGAAGCAUCUCAAAGCAGUGAAAUGUAUUUUCCGGAUUGGAUUUAUAAGAAACUUGAAUUGGGACACACCUGUUCACUUCAUGAGAAUAUGACAGUUGAGGAAGGAGAGACAGUGAGAAGGAUGGUCAUUGUGGGCUUGUGGUGCAUUCAAACCAAUCCGUCAGAUAGACCAUCAAUGACAAGGGUGAUAGAGAUGUUGGAAGGCAAUCUACAAUCCUUGCAAAUUCCACCAAAACCCGUUUUGUUUUCUCCAAUUAUACUCUCAGAUUCCUCUGCUGUAUCAUCAACAACAUAUGAGCAAUAGAGGUUGUCAUCACUGAAGUUGAGCUUUUUUUUGUUUUGCAAUGAAAGUAUUGCAUUAAAAAGUCUAAUGGGUAAUAGCACAUAAUACAUAUCAAGGCAAGAGAAACCAAACCAACACACAUUUAGCCUAAUCCACAGCAUAAUAGAACAGAAACCCAAACCCAAAAACACAGUCCAAAUCCAAAAUAGUGGACAGCCAAGGAUUUCAAUACGACUGAUAUUGCCGCCCAACUGACACCGCCAAAUAUGCAUCUCGCUGGAGAUGAAGAACAGACCAACCGACAAUCCAGAGACCCAAGCGGUAUUCGAGAACCAUCACAAAUUAACGAGCAGAGAAUUUAACCAAAACCCAUAAGAAGAGAGGAGGCAACCAGAGAUGAAAGAGUAAAAGAGCUAAGUCUGUGAUGCACAAAUCACACGAAAAAGGCUGCCAGAACCCCCAGCUACAACAACAAGAGGCUUCAAGUAUCCAGCACAAUCCAGAGACCCACCGUAUGUCAGACAAUUACAUCUGAUAGUAUUAUAAAAAUGGGGUUUUUAUCAAAAAGAUGUGAGGGAAAAAUUUUUUGUUAAACAGGAGUGGGAGAGAUUUUAUUUAUUCAGUAGGGGUGAAUUUGUUAAACAUAUGCGGCAGAAUAAUUUAUAUAUGUGUUUAGUUUAAUAGAAUU